UUGCUUCUGUGUUUUCAAUCCUUGUAUUGAUUUUGAGAAAAAUGGAUCCAGUGAGUCUCUGUCUUUCACCUUUGUGUUCUUGCAUGCAAAUCUUUGUUACGCCUCAGAGCAUUAGCUAUGUGUUCCGAACCAAAGAGAAAAUUGAUGAUUUGAAGAACACCAUGAAAAAUCUCAUGGCCACGAAGGAGGAUGUUCAGAGAAAGCUUGAUUAUCCUCAACACAACGGGAAACUACUCGAUAAUCAACAUCAAGUUAAAGACUGGCUUCGCGAUGUUGGAGAAAAGGAAGAUAAAGUAGAACGAUUAUUGGAUGAAUAUGGCAAAGGUAAUUGUGUUCCAGCAGGCUCUUGUUCUCUAAAUUGUUUUUCAAGGUAUAAAAUUGGCAGGAAUGCAUUCAAAUUGAAAGAGGAGAUAACUCAGUUGACAGCAAAACAGCCAGAAAUCAAAUUUACCGACAUACCACCGCCUAAACUAGUUCCUGAAUCAUAUAAAACAGUGGGGAAAGAAAUCAGGUCCAACGUUGAUAUUGCUCGCAGUUAUCUGGCAGAUGAAAGAGUUGGUAUAAUUGGCAUAUGGGGCAUGGGGGGUGUAGGCAAGACCACACUCUUGAAAAGAAUCUACAAAUCAUUGUUAGAUGACGCAAACAUGGGAUUCAAUCAUGUGUUAUUCAUCGAAGCUUCAAAAGGUAUUAAGCUGGAAGAACUUCGAAAGAGGAUUUCCGAAAGUUUGCAAUUGCAGCGUGCUGGUAAAGAAGACAUCUUCAAUGUUUUAAAAAUUAGCAAUUUUGUAUUGCUCUUGGAUAAUAUAUGGGAAGAAGUAGAUCUUAUUAAUUUUGGAAUUCCCCAUCCUUAUAGUGAUGAUAAUUCCACCAAACAAUAUAAACACAAAGUGAUUUUCACUACUCGAUCAGAAGAUGUGUGUGCCCAGAUGGGAGCAAGUAAAAGGAUUAAAGUCGAAUGCUUGGGAUCAAAUGAGGCAUGGGAUCUUUUCAAGGACAAUGUAAAUCUAGAUAUUAUUGAGUUAAAUGAAGAGUUCAAAAAAUUAGCAAGACAAGUGAUGAAUGAGUGCAGUGGUUUACCUCUUGCUCUAAAAGUGAUCGGUAAGGCCAUGUCAAACAAAAAAAGUAUCCCCGAAUGGAACUGUGUUUUGAGAUCACUGAAAAGUUCAAGUACCAGAGUAGUUCAAGGCAUGGAGGAAUCAUUAUUUCCCAUUUUGAAGUUCAGUUAUGAUAAUCUACCUGAUAAUAUCAAAGAGUGCUUCUUAUUUGGGUCAAUGUUGCGGAGGAUAUCUAAAUAUGAACUUUCAGAAUGUUGGAUGGGUUUAGGCCUGAUUGGUGAUUUUGUCGAUAUGCCAGAAGCUUAUGACAAAGCAGAAUAUAUCCUCAAGAUUCUAGAGGAAUCAUGUUUAUUGUAUGUUUCUGAUGAUGGUCGUGUGCACUUCCAUGAUGUCAUUCAUGAGAUGGCAAAGUGGAUAGCAUCAGACUACGGGAUGAACAGGAAUAAAUGGAUAGUGAAAGACUAUCAUGUGUCCACAGAAAUAUCUACAAAUGACACAGAGAAUUGGAGAUUCGCAAAACUAGUGAUUAUGGGUCGCAUCAAGCUUUUGCCAAUUUUGUCUCAUCAAUGCUCUGAUUUGAUGUGUUUAUUCAUAAAAUCUAGUUUUGAUUUGGAAAGAAUUCCUGAAGGAUUUUUCCUGCAAAUGCCAAAUUUGAUAUGUUUGGAUCUUUCACUCUCUGAUAUCAAAGAGCUUCCAAAGGACAUCAAAUGUUUGGUUAAUUUACAGUACCUAAAUGUUUCAUCCACAGCGAUCUCAUCACUUCCAAAGGAGUUGGUAUAUUUGAAUAAAUUGCAAUAUCUGUUAUGCGGAGAUACAAAGCUUAGCAAGGUAAAGGAUGGUCUCAUGUCAAGAUUACACAAGUUGAGAGUCAUUGACCUACAUCCGACUGGGUGGUUAGAACCAAAAGAGUUAUAAAUGUUGAAGAAACACAGCAACAUCAAAGCAAUAGGAAUGUGUGUAGUAUCACAAGAGGUUUUCCAACAACUCUCAUGUUUGCCAACAACCGGACUUUAUAUACAAAAUUUGGAUAACUUAAUCUCUCUUUCAUAUGAUACUUUGAGUUGCAAGAAUCAUGGAUUCUUGCAAGAACUAACAAUUGAUUCAUGCCCACAGCUUAAGGAGCUUGUGAUGAAUGGAAGUGAGACUCACCUCAAUAACCUCACAAUCUCUAAUGUUGAAAAACUGGAGAAUCUUAUUUGGAGAGAUAUACCGCCUCAAAAAAAUUUUCCUAUGUUGAAGAAGUUAGUUAUAUAUAAAUGUAAUUUGGUGAAUUUUUCUUGGGUCCUGCAUCUCCCAUGCCUUUUUUAUUUAAAAAUCCAAGAUUGUACGGUGCUGGAAACAUUAUUUUAUGUGGAGGAGGAGAGAGAAAUCCAACCAGUCUUGGAAGUCCCUAUGUUUCCUGCCCUGAAAUAUUUAUAUUUAAGUGACCUAUCAAAUUUAGUGAGCAUAAACAAUUUUGCAUUGGAUUUCCCGAGACUUUCAUUGCUUUCAGUUUGUGGAUGUCCUAAUCUUAGAGUGGAAUGAUGCGUCACCUUACCAUUAUACCACUAUUAUGGCUG